GCGUUUCCUGACGUAAGGAGUUACGUACGUAAACAUGGCGGCGCCCUGUCUGGGUUAGUGUGUUGUGAAACAGACCUGGACGCUCUUACUGUAAUGUCAAACCCGUUUUAUUAGCGUUUUUUGGGGGGGUGUUGAUUGCUUUUUAUAGCAGCGAGUGGACGGCAGUAGGUCGUUUUAAAUAUGUGAAGAAGCAGAGAAGCCCGGAAGUGUUUUAGAUAAAGUAGCAACGCGAUUUUAGUUCAGAGGUUAUAAUAACAUGUUUCCAGUUCCUUGGUCGAGUCUGACCCGCUGGGUGCCCGUGUCCGUCCGUGGACUGAGAGGUCUCAGCCUGUUCUCCAGCUCGGAGUCCUCCUCCAAUUGGAGCAAAGUUGUGUCGGACGCGGAGAAGAUCGUCGGGUAUCCCACGUCGUUCAUGAGUCUGCGUUGCCUGCUCAGCGAUGAGCUCAGCAAUGUGGCCAUGCACGUCAGAAAGCUGGUGGGGACACAGCAUCCCUUACUCAACACAGCCAGAGGCUUCGUCUAUGACAGCAAGAACAAUCUUCAGAUGAGAGGACUGAUUGUCCUGCUGCUGUCCAAAACAGCAGGACCGAGCCAUGCAGCCUCAGAGCUCCUCACUAAGGACAUGGUCAGCGGCAUCUACCCAAGCCAGAGGAACCUGGCAGAAAUCACAGAGCUCAUCCACACAGCAUUCCUGGUACAUCGAGGGAUCGUAAAUCUGAAGGAGUGGACCGUCUCAGACGGACCGCUGAAGGACAUGGAGUUUGGGAACAAGAUGGCCGUCCUGAGUGGCGACUUCCUGCUGGCUAACGCUUGUACAGGAUUGGCCGAGCUCAACGACACUAAGGUCGUUGAACUGAUCUCCAGUGCCAUCUCGGAUUUAGUCCAAGGAAUAUAUUAUGAGAAUUACUACAAUGUUGAGGACGGUCUCGGCGACGGCAUGGACGUGACGCCCUGGGAGGACCAGGCGUUUCUGUCCCACGGGGCGCUGCUGGCCAAGAGCUGUCAGGCCGCCAUGCAGCUCGCUAAGCACGACAGAGAGGCCCAAAGACUGGCCUACCUCUAUGGGAAACACCUAUCGCUGGGUCACAAGCUGAACUCUGACCUGCAGCCAUUUGUGAAGAGCAGGUUGGGAGAGAUGACUUCGUUCAGCCUGAGCGCCGCCCCGGUGGUUUUCCACCGUCAGAUCGUCGGGAAGGAGAAGUGGCACCAGCAGCUCGAGGAGGCAAAGACCUUGAGAAACCAGUUGGAUUAUAGUAAGCUCCUGGCAGCGGUUAAGUCGGAGAAAGGCGUGAGCUCGGCAGUGGACUUGUGCCGUUACCAUAGCAACAGGGCUCUGGAGGCCAUCCAGGCUUUCCCCUCCUCUGAGGCUCGAUCCGCCCUGGAGAACAUCGCCUCGGCCGUCAACAAAUUCUGACUCAAGCACGCGCACACACACACACACACACAUAGAGACACACUCCUCUGUGGAGAACUGAGAGAGUCUUGGGUUGGUCAUGACGCCGUCUUCGUGUUUUUUCUUCAGAAACUCCUACAACUGUUCAUCAUCGAAUAAAAACUCAUCACUCCGGCUUCGUGCCAGAUGUUUUUGCAGCUCCGAUACUCCCCCUCUCCUGCUCGGGGAAAAUUACCGGCAGACUGCUUUUUAAAGAAAGAAAAAAAAAACGUCUCUUUAUUGUUACCUGGCUUAUCAGCACAGCCACAUACCGGGCAGAACAUCAUUUAAGAUGUUUUGAUGAAUUGUUAGUGUCAUCUGGAAAAUGUGCCAUGAACAGCAAGUGAGGCACUAAGGAAUACUUACUCUCAAAAAUGUCCUGUUUUCUUUUUUUUUUUAACUAUUUAACAUACUUGUUAGUGCAAUGCUGAUGCUCUAAACUGUAGCUGCUUGAAAUUUUACUCUUUGCCAAACUGAGGAGCUUCACUACAGAAAAGGGUCCUGUUUUACCAAUUAUGCAGCAAAGAACUGCUUUACUGCAGAGGCUCGACUCAGGUGAAUCAGGAGUUGUAAUGUCAUCA